GCGGCGGCGGCGGCGCGACGAAGAGGAUGAUGAACACAUUGCAAAGUUUUUUUGGCCCCGGCGAGGGGUGUCAGAUUGAGUGCUCUGUGCGCAUGUGCGAAGGUGUCCAAACUGACAAUGCUAGGGAGAUGAAGAUAGUGUGUAGCUGCUUCUGGGCUCAAGGAGGAGGAGAGAGAUUCCGCGAGCCGACACCAUGCGAUCCAAGGCGAGGGCGAGGAAGCUAGCCAAAAGUGACGGUGACGUUGUAAAUAAUAUGUAUGAACCCGACCCGGACCUGCUGGCCGGCCAGAGCGCCGAGGAGGAGACCGAGGACAGCAUCCUGUCCCCCAUCCCCAUGGGGCCACCGUCGCCCUUUCCCACCAGCGAGGACUUCACUCCCAAGGAGGGCUCACCCUAUGAGGCUCCUGUCUACAUUCCUGAAGACAUUCCAAUCCCACCAGACUUCGAGCUGAGAGAGUCCUCCAUACCAGGAGCAGGCCUGGGGAUCUGGGCCAAGCGGAAGAUGGAGAUUGGGGAGAGGUUUGGCCCCUACAUGGUGGCGCCCCGGGCCGCACUGAAGGAGGCCGACUUUGGAUGGGAGCAGAUGCUGACAGAUACAGAGGUGUCAUCCCAGGAGAGCUGCAUCAAAAAGAUCUCUGAAGACUUGGGCAGUGAGAAGUUCUGCGUGGAUGCCAAUCAGGCAGGGGCUGGCAGCUGGCUCAAGUACAUCCGUGUAGCAUGUUCCUGUGAUGACCAAAACCUCGCCAUGUGUCAGAUUAACGAACAGAUUUACUAUAAAGUCAUUAAGGACAUCGAGCCUGGAGAGGAGCUGUUGGUGCAUGUGAAAGAAGGUGCCUACUCCUUGGGUGUCAUGGCCCCCAGCCUGGAUGAGGAUCCCACAUUCCGCUGUGACGAGUGUGACGAGCUCUUCCAGUGCAGGCUGGACCUGAGGCGACAUAAGAAGUACGCCUGCCGCUCGGCAGGGGCCCCGCUCUACGAGGGCCUAGGGGAGGAGCUCAAGCCCGAGCUUGGCGGGGGCAGCGAUGGGCAAGAGCAUGAGUGCAAGGACUGCGAGCGGAUGUUCCCCAACAAAUACAGCUUAGAGCAACACAUGAUCGUCCACACGGAAGAGCGCGAGUACAAAUGUGACCAGUGUCCCAAGGCCUUCAACUGGAAGUCCAACCUCAUCCGCCACCAGAUGUCUCACGACAGUGGCAAGCGCUUCGAAUGUGAAAACUGUGUCAAGGUGUUCACGGACCCCAGUAACCUCCAACGUCACAUCCGCUCACAGCACGUCGGUGCCCGGGCCCACGCCUGCCCUGACUGCGGCAAGACCUUCGCCACAUCCUCUGGCCUCAAACAGCACAAGCAUAUCCACAGCACGGUGAAGCCAUUUAUAUGUGAGGUCUGCCACAAGUCCUACACGCAGUUCUCCAACCUGUGCCGGCACAAGCGGAUGCAUGCCGACUGCAGAACGCAGAUCAAGUGCAAGGACUGCGGGCAGAUGUUUAGCACUACCUCCUCCCUCAACAAGCAUCGGAGAUUCUGCGAGGGCAAGAACCAUUACACGCCGGGCGGCAUCUUCACCCCAGGCCUGCCCUUGACCCCCAGCCCCAUAAUGGACAAGACAAAACCCUCCCCGACCCUCAACCACGGGGGCCUAGGCUUCAGCGAGUACUUCCCCUCUAGACCUCAUCCUGGGAAUCUGCCCUUCUCAGCUGCCCCUCCGGCCUUCCCCACACUUACUCCAGGGUUCCCUGGCAUCUUUCCUCCAUCCCUGUACCCACGACCACCUCUGCUACCUCCCACGCCGCUGCUCAAGAGCCCCCUGAACCAUGCGCAGGACGCCAAGCUACCCAGCCCGCUGGGAAACCCAGCCCUGCCCCUCGUCUCUGCGGUCAGCAAUAGCAACCAGGGCACCACAGCAGCCACUGGGCCAGAGGAGAAAUUCGACGGCCGCUUGGAAGACACGUAUGCGGAGAAGGUCAAAAACAGGAGCCCUGACAUGUCAGACGGCAGUGACUUUGAGGAUAUCAACACCACGACCGGGACAGACUUGGACACCACCACGGGCACAGGGUCGGACCUGGACAGCGACCUGGACAGUGACAGAGACAAAGGCAAGGGCAAGGGGAAGCCAGCAGAGAGCAAACCUGAGUUUGGGGGUGCAUCGGUGCCCCCUGGGGCCAUGAACAGUGUGGCCGAAGUGCCGGCCUUCUACUCACAGCAUUCCUUCUUCCCGCCUCCCGAGGAACAGCUGCUGACCGCCUCGGGAGCCGCCGGCGACUCCAUCAAAGCCAUCGCAUCCAUCGCCGAGAAAUACUUUGGUCCCGGUUUCAUGAGCAUGCAGGAGAAGAAGCUGGGCUCCUUACCCUACCACUCCGUGUUCCCCUUCCAGUUCCUGCCUAAUUUCCCCCACUCCCUCUACCCCUUUACGGACCGAGCCCUCGCCCACAACUUGCUGGUCAAGGCUGAGCCAAAGUCACCCCGGGAUGCCCUCAAGGUGGGCGGCCCCAGCGCUGAGUGCCCCUUCGACCUCACCACCAAACCAAAAGAGGCCAAACCUGCCCUGCUCACACCCAAGGUCCCCCUCGUCCCCUCAUCCGGCGAGGAACAGCCACUGGACCUGAGCAUCGGCAGCAGGGCCCGGGCGAGCCAGAAUGGAGGCGGCCGUGAACCGCGGAAGAACCACAUCUACGGUGAACGGAAGCCGGGGGUUGGCGAGGGGCUGCCUAAGGUGUGCCCAGCGCAGCUGCCGCAGCAGCCGUCCCUGCACUACGCCAAGCCCUCGCCUUUCUUCAUGGAUCCCAUCUACAGCAGGGUAGAAAAGCGGAAGGUGGCAGACCCUGUGGGAGUCCUGAAAGAGAAGUACCUGCGGCCGUCCCCACUACUGUUCCACCCCCAGAUGUCAGCCAUAGAAACCAUGACGGAGAAGCUGGAGAGCUUUGCAGCCAUGAAGGCCGACUCAGGCAGCUCCCUGCAGCCCCUGCCUCACCACCCCUUCAACUUCCGCUCCCCACCCCCAACGCUGUCGGAUCCCAUCCUCAGGAAGGGCAAGGAGAGAUACACGUGCAGGUACUGUGGCAAGAUCUUCCCCAGAUCUGCAAAUCUCACAAGACAUCUGAGGACACACACCGGGGAACAGCCAUACAGGUGCAAGUACUGUGACCGGUCAUUCAGCAUCUCCUCCAACCUCCAGCGGCACGUGAGGAACAUCCACAACAAAGAGAAGCCGUUCAAGUGCCAUCUUUGCAACCGCUGCUUCGGGCAGCAGACCAACCUAGACCGGCACCUGAAGAAGCACGAACACGAGGGCGCACCAGUGAGCCAGCACUCCGGGGUGCUCACGAACCACCUGGGCACCAGCGCCUCCUCACCCACCUCCGAGUCGGACAACCAUGCACUUUUAGAUGAGAAGGAGGAUUCCUACUUCUCCGAGAUCCGAAACUUCAUCGCCAACAGCGAGAUGAACCAGGCGUCCGCUCGAAUGGACAAACGGUCUGAGAUCCAAGACCUGGACAGCAACCCGCCGUGUCCAGGCUCAGCCAGUGCAAAGCCAGAGGAUGUGGAAGAGGAGGAAGAGGAGGAGUUGGAGGAAGAGGAUGAUGACAGCUUAGCCGGGAAGUCACAGGAGGACACAGUGUCCCCCACACCUGAGCCCCAAGGAGUCUAUGAAGAUGAAGAGGAUGAUGAACCACCCAACCUGACCAUGGGCUUCGACCAUACCCGAAGGUGUGUUGAGGAGCGAGGAGGCGGCCUGUUAGCUUUGGAGCCGACGCCGACCUUUGGGAAGGGGCUGGAUCUCCGCAGAGCGGCUGAGGAACUUGAAGUUAAAGAUGUGCUUAAUUCCACCUUAGAUUCUGAGGUUUUAAAACAAACCCUGUACAGGCAGGCUAAGAACCAGGCAUAUGCAAUGAUGCUGUCCCUCUCUGAAGACACUCCUCUCCACGCCCCCUCCCAGAGCUCACUGGAUGCUUGGUUGAACAUCACAGGACCCUCGUCAGAGUCCGGAGCCUUUAACCCCAUCAACCACCUCUGAGGUCCUGGAGGCCCCGGGGCCAGAGUUCAAAGCCAGGGUACCAGCUGCGGGAGAUGGAGAAGGGGCCAGGGAGCAGCCCCCCACACACACACCUUCACUUUGCCUCGACUCUGCUUCCAACCCCAGCCGCCGUGGCUGAGUCCAGCUUCUCCAAUGAAACUCAGAACCCGAAGGUCCGUCCAGCAUCAUCAUCACCUCUCAGAACUGGCCUCAAGGACACGAACUGCAGUGGGUGCUGUGCACGGCCACGCAGGAGCUGCUCACAGGAGCUGUGGAUCAGAAAACUCGUGGGCAAGGGUGGAGAGUCUCUAUCCCAGCGGGAGCCAGUUGGCCACAUCUGGGCAACUGCAUGGUAUGAAAGAGGAGGUCGGAAAGACGUGGGCAAGUGCUGUGGAGAGAGACCUCGUGAAUGAUUUUUAUAACGAGAAUCACAUGAUUAACCCUUUUGGUAAUCGUAUUGACUAUAGAGUCUAUUUAAGCAUGUGGGUUUUAAAAAAAGAAAUAGACGGUAUUUUUUAAAAAAUCAAAAAAAAUGACUUGUAAAAUGUUUUUUUUAAAAGUAAUUUUGCAUCGCUUUGGAAUUUCAGCUUAUUGGCAAACCCACACCUGCCAGGGGACAUCGAGCGAGGCUCAGGUGUGCCCUUUAUAAUGUAGAUAAUGGAGAAUUUUUUUUCUAUCUCUGACCUGUUUGUACAAGCCAAGGUGAUUCUGGGGUACCCGACACAGGAUAAGGCCAUGGAGCCACGCAGCCAAGAUGCUGACUGUACACGAAUUCUUGGACAUGGUGCCUGGCGGCGGGUUUGCAGAGGCCAGGACAGAGAGGUUGCCUUGCCCUAUGUGGUCUGCAGAGGAAUCCACCGGUCCCACUCAAGACCCCCAAUUGUAUGGGGAAGUCGGGAACCAGUGGCUCAGGUCUUCCAUGCUGGACACCUAAGGGUCUGCCCCUUCCGCAGCCCCAGCGCAGGCCUUGACCGCUGCUCUUCAGAAGGCAGGGCCCUGGGCCAUGUCUAGGCCUCCAACCUUCUACCCUCCCCAUCCCUGGCAGUCUGAUGCCCUCCCCACGGCCACUGAGUGUGGGACGCCUGCCCACCUGCUCCUCCACGCCAAGACACCAAGCACUGCCUGUGCCUGAGACUCCAGAUGCGCCACUUCUGCUCUUUGUAUGGGUUCCUGGUAAGGUGAGGUCAGGAACAGGAGGAAGAUACAGGGGACCUGCCACAGCAAAGAACAGACGGGACCGGAUGCCUCACUCCCCUGGGACGGUCGGAACGUGUCUACUUCUCUGCUUGGAUGGGCUUUAAAUUAUCCCAUAGGGGCCAAUUUCAGAUGAUUUCUUUUCCUGAUGGAAAUUUACCUUAAUCUGUAUAUAACUUGUAAUUUUUUUCUAAUUCAUUUCUCUCCUUAUUUUAUUUCUUCCUUAACAGUAUUUUUUGGCAUUGGACAACUUAUUCUGAAGAAAUGAUGUUAAUAUAAGUAUGUAGAGAAGGACCAAAACCGUGUGAUAAGAUUGUGUGCUGUGUGAUCGGUACCCAGGGAGUGGGGCGGUUGUUAAUGUGCCAAAUACCCCUGCAUCCCUCCCUCCAGGAGUCCCGCGGUCACCGCUGCCCACUUACCAGACAAUCAUGUGAUUUUGUUAAAUUUGAGUUUCAGUUACAUUUUAAGACAAGUGUUCUAUUUAUUUUAGUGUUUGGAAGGAGGGGGGAAAAAGGAGUAUCCCAAUAAGAUAGGGGACGGAGACUGCCUAGGUUGUCAUUUAAAACUAUGAGAGAUUGUGUCAGCGUCAACAAACAUAGUGCACACGUGUCAUGUCAUGGGCCUGCCCGCAAUAGUGCACACGUGUUAUGCCAUGGGCCUGCCGGCAAUAGUGCACACGAGUCAUGCCAUGGGCCUGCCGGCAAUUCCCUCUGGGAGCAACUUAAACAUCUGAGCGCAGAUGUUUUAUAUUUUCUUUGGCCAUUCUGGGGCAAAGACAAUCAUCUUUGCUGAUGCUGAGUGGUCCAGGCUAUGCUGAGAUCCGUGACGGGGAUAUCCCUGAAGACACCAUUCCCCUGCAGGUCCUGGUGAAUCUCAGUGACAUAACACAGGACGGUUCUGUGUCAUGCUCAGAAGCACACUCACGUGUGCAAGCUGGAUGGCCCGGGGCAGUGGGGACACUUCAGAAGAGCUUGCCGUGGUCUGGUGGUGAGGAUUAGUAGGCCUAACUGCUCACAUUUCUCACAGGUUCGUGACAGUCUCUCCCUGGUGGGCUGGGCCUCGGCUUAAGAAUCCCAGUUUCCUCCAGGUGGGAGUUAGACAGGAUCCCUGUGUAAGUUCGACCUCAGAUAUACAUUUCCCACUUUUGUAAACCCCAAAUUAUAUGCUUUCUUCUCAGAAAAAGCAAGGUGUGUGCUUCCCUUCCCCCCCCCCCCCCGCGGUGUGACUUUCUCUCUCCAGUAUGGGGAGUCUAGCUGAAUGGGAACCUCUGUGGACCUUUUUGACAGCAGCAGAGCAGCUAAAGGCUCCCUUCUCAUCCUCUGGCACUCCCAACCCCUGUCCACUUCUAACCCAAGAGUCCCAGCUGUGCUGAGUUAAAUGCUUUGCCCUCCCCCAACAAAGUGAUGAUUCCAACCUCAGGUUCUCCUAGACGGUCCUCCCCUUGGGCCCGGCACUUGGAAUUUGAAGGACUCUGUCUUUGCCCAUCCACCACCCCCAACAAAGACAGCACUUGAUUUUCUGCACUGAGUUCCAGAAAUUCUGCCUCUACUCUGCAAUGCCCUCCACCAGUGAGCUCUGCCCACCUGGCAUCUCUGCAGUCUUAACAGCGCCCACUGGCUCAAGCAAGCUGGACCAGGUGUGAGUUCAAAGGUCUUGGCUGCUGGGGAACCAAACUGUAGCAGGCUGUCUUGCCUGACGCCAUUCAGCAUAGAAAGGCAGGGCAGAAGCUGUGAUUGUUUCCCCCAUGAUACUUUCCAUUGUAUGCACUUGCCUCUGCAAAUAGAAAUUCACAGGGAGGUCUCCUAGCUUGCUUUCCCUCCAGCCCCGGGCAAGGUCACACCUAGGCCCUGUCAUCACUGCCACACCUAGGAUGAUCGGGUGGGAAACGCAGAGCUUCACUGUCCUGCAGGAAGGUAGAUCCUACACGAGUAAGACCCUGUAUGUCCCUGUGUAAGUCCUGCCCAGCCAGUGGGGCCUAGUCUCUAAGGCCGUGAGAGCAGGUGACCUACCCAGACCCAGACUGACCUAACCCCUCUGCCUCCCAGAGUCCAGACUCGGAGUUCUUGGCUUCCUCUCCCUUAUCUGCCUCCCCAGUGAGUAUUUGUGAAGCACUUGCUUAAAUAUAUAUCACGUGUUUUAGACUCAAAGCUCAAAGCACUGGAUCACGGUCCCUGUCCAUGCCCAAGUGACUGAGACCUACUGAGCUAGCUGUUCAUGUGCCGUUCGAGGUAGGGAACAGAAGGCCUCCUGUGCUGUUGCUGGGACAGGAGGGUGGGGAGGCCUGGGACAGACAGCGCUCCCUCCUGCCAGUGGACACUGGGACACUCCUGUCCACGGAGAUCAGCCGGGUAUCGAAAGCCAUGAGGACUGUCCCUAGCCCUGAGCGAUACUGUGACAAGACAUUCUUGAAUUCUCCCCAGACAAGGUCACUUCCCCUACCUAUCCAGCCAUUAUCUGUCUGUCACCAAUUCACAUCGUCACUUCUAGGAGGGGAGAGGUUGAGCGGAGGGAGGCAGCUUGAAUCUCCAGAUGUGCGAUUGAUUCCCUUGCAACUGGGGGAAGCUGGGGUUUCCUCAGUGUCCCCCACAGUGCAGCUAUUCUCUUCAGUGUGGGGGAAGUGGGGCCCUGGUGUCAGAAUACAUAACUUAAAGCCUGUGCGUGUGUGUGCGUGCGUGUUGUGUAUGUGUGUGUGUAUGCACAUGUAUGUGUGCUAUAUGUGUGUGCAUGUGUGCUGUGUGUGUACUUUGAACCAAUAGUAUAUAAAUAUAAAUAUAAAUAUAUAUAUAUAUCCCUGACACCCGCGAGAAUCUCCGCCCUGUGUGAGUGUUGCUAUUGUUACAUUCAGAUCCCAUUCAGUUUGUUUCUGUUUCUGUUUUUGUUGUUGUUUUUUUUCUUUUAGAACUAUAUAGUGUUGAGAAAGGAAUCAAAUGUAAAUGUCUGGUUUCCAUAUAAUGUUAAAAAAGAAAAUUAAAAACCAUUGAGGAGGGGGCUGGCGUCGGCUCCACCCCCUUCCCUGUAAAUUGCUGUGUGUUGAUAAGCUGUGCAUGGCUCGUGUUUUAGCGGUCAUUAUUGUGUCUGUUUGUGAAAUUCUUAUGAUGAGGAAAAUCCCGUAGAUGCACUUAUCGAAUAUGUGAUUAGGUCUAAGUCAGGACCAAGAGUCCUGAAACGCCCACAAGAAAAAAAAUGGACCGCAGUUCCUGGUGACUAUGGAAAUCGCCGUGGGAGAAUCGUGAAUUGAGAAGACGCGGCUUGAGAAUAGUCAGACGUGAUUUUUUAUUUUAUUUUUUUUGCAGAUCUCAUUCUGAGGCUUAUAGCAAAGACAGUUGUACUUGUGUAGAGGUUUCUGUGAGGUAAAAAGCCAGGAGGGCCUGGCUUCGAGGUCAAUGCUGUAGAAUAGGACUGACUGGAUACCAAAUGUAAUCUUUCCGAUGCUACAAUGAAUUUAUACACAAGAUUGAUAUGCAAUAAAUCUGUGUGUUUUUCUAAGCC